AUGAUGACGUGCAGCAAUGGGACAAGUGUCUGCACAAGAUUUCUGAUGUGGUUUCUUCUACUGUAUAUGUUUGUAAGGAAGGUGCUACCUGAAGACGACAUUAUAGUUACUACUAAGAAAGGAAAAGUAAGAGGGAUUCACUUGCCCGUACUUGGGGGAACUGUGACGGCCUUUCUGGGAAUUCCUUAUGGCGAGCCACCACUUGGUAGACUACGAUUCAAAAAACCAGAGCCCCGCAACAAGUGGACAGAGAUUUGGGAUGCCACAAAACAUGCAAACUCUUGUUAUCAGAAUAUAGAUAAAACUUUCCCUGGAUUCCCUGGGUCAGAGAUGUGGAAUCCAAACACUAACCUUAGUGAAGACUGCUUAUACCUCAAUGUAUGGGUUCCUUCUCCAAAACCCAAAAAUGCAACUGUCAUGGUAUGGAUUUAUGGGGGUGGAUUUCAAUCAGGGACAUCUUCUUUACCUAUCUAUGAUGGUAAAUUUCUGGCACGUGUUGAAAGAGUCAUUGUAGUUUCAGUGAACUACAGAACAGGGGCACUAGGAUUCUUGGCUUUACCGGGAAACCAGGAAGCUCCAGGAAAUGCAGGUUUAUUUGAUCAAAGGUUAGCACUUCAGUGGGUCCAGGAGAACAUAGCUGUCUUUGGUGGCAAUUCUAAAAGUGUGACUUUAUUUGGAGAGAGUGCUGGGGCUGCUUCCGUUAGCUACCAUAUCCUUUCUUCUGAAAGCCAUCCUCUUUUCACAAGAGCCAUCAUGCAAAGUGGCUCUGCUAAUGCCCCAUGGGCCACACUAACACAUUCUGAGGCAAGGAAGAGAACUUUGACUUUAGCUAAACUACUCAGCUGCUCAGGUAGCAAUGAUACAGACAUAAUUCUCUGUCUCCAAAACAAGGAUCCCCAGGAUAUCCUCGAGAAUGAAGUUUCUGUUUUAACACACAACUCUCUUUUAAAAGUAUAUUUCUGUCCCAUAGUUGAUGGUGAUUUUCUCACUGAAAUGCCACAAACAUUGAUGCAGCAUGGGCUCUUUAAACAAACCCAACUCUUAGUGGGAGUUAACAAAGAUGAAGGGACAGCUUUUCUAGUGUAUGGGGCACCUGGUUUCAGCAAAGAUAAUGAUAGCCAGGUCAAUAAAACAGAAUUUCAAGUAGGUUUAAGUGAAUCCUUUCCAGAAGCAUGUGAACUUGGGGUGGAAUCAAUCAUUUUUCACUACACAGACUGGGAAGAUGAGCAGAACCCUGACAAUUAUCGUGAUGCUAUGGAUGACAUUAUUGGGGAUUACAAUAUCAUAUGUCCUGUAAUGGAGUUCACAAAAUUUUUUGCUCAACUAGGAAAUAAUGUAUUCUUCUACUUCUUUGAACAUCGGUCCUCAAAACUUGCUUGGCCCGAAUGGAUGGGAGUCAUGCAUGGUUAUGAGAUUGAGUUUGUAUUUGGAUUACCUCUAGAGAGAAGAGUUAAUUAUACCAAAGCUGAAGAAAUCUUGAGUCGAUCCAUAUUGAGAUACUGGGCAAGUUUUGCGAAAACGGGAACUCCAAAUGGGACUCAGAUUAAUGGAACCAGAUGGCCAAUCUUCACUACCACUGAACAAAAAUACUUAACAUUAAACACUGAAGCUUCAAAGAUAUAUACAAAAUUACGUGCCCAGCAGUGUCGAUUCUGGAAUGUAUUUUUUCCCAAAGUCCUGGAAAUGACAGGAAAUAUUGAUGAAGCAGAACGAGAAUGGAAAGCAGGAUUCCAUCGCUGGAACAAUUACAUGAUGGACUGGAAAAAUCAAUUUAAUGAUUACACUAGCAAGAAGGAAAGCUGUGCAGGUCUCUAA